UCAUGCCUGCAAGCAUGAUUAUAUAUCUCCCCAUUCUUACUCAUUCCAGUAUGUUUUUAGUAUGUACUGCAGUGCUGGACAAGCUGCAUUUUUCCUAUCUUCAUCACCCAUUCAACUUCUCAUACAAUUCUUUGCUAACAAACUAUAUUAUCUUUAAGAUGUUCUAUCUAUUUCACUCUGUCAGGGUCUUAAUGGUUGUCCACUUCAUAUUAACUUAUAUCAAGAUCAAAGUUACUGUGGCCUACUUUUGAGCUACCAAGAUUUAAAUGGAUAAAUCUUGGAUGCAUAUUGAAGAUAGAUUGCGGUCCCAUGAAUAUGCCGAAGGCAUUAAUCAAUUCUUAUCAAUGGCUCAAUCCAAUGCUCCUUCCAGUGACUCAAUUAGGUGUCCUUGUCGGGACUGUCGUAAUAACUUCUUCCAGCCAUUUACUAUUGUGAGGGAUCAUCUAUUUUUGAGAGGGAUUGAUAGAAGUUAUACUCAAUGGAUAUUUCAUGGAGAAGAUGAUCCUUUUCAUGCGAACCGGUCAGACGAUGAGGAUGAUGGAGAUGAUACUAGAGAGUACAUUGAUGACGUCGAUGAGAUGUUAGAUGACAUUCGGGUGGGAUCCUUUGUGGAUGAUAUUACCGGUUUAAAUGCUAGUGGCAGUGAUGAUGAUAAUGCACAACCCAACGUUGGGACUUCUAGACACCAUACGUUUGAACAGUACGUCGAGGAUGCACGACGUCCACUAUAUCCAUCGUGUACAACCUACUCAAAGCUAUCAUUUAUAGUGAAGUUGCUUCACAUCAAGACAAUCGGGGGUUGGAACGUGAAGUCAUUUAACAUGUUGCUAAAGCUAUUGAAGUCUGCAUUCCCGAGUGCUCUUUUGCCUGAAGACUAUAAUGAUGCACGUCAGCUAGAGCGUGGGUUGGGAUUUAGUUACAACAAAAUCCAUGUUUGCCCAAAUGACUGUAUGUUGUUUUGGAAAGAUGAUGAAGACAAAGAUGAAUGCCCUAAAUGCAAUGCAUCUAGGUGGAUCUCAAUGACGAGUAAACACCGGGUACCUCAGAAAGUGAUGCGUUAUUUUCCAUUGAAGCCUAGGUUGCAACGCCUUUAUCUAUCAAAGAAGACAGCAGAAGCCAUGCGAUGGCAUAAAGAAGGCCGUAUUGAUGAUUUGAACUGUAUGCGGCAUCCAGCUGAUUCCAAAGUUUGGAAAGAUUUUGACAGGAAACAUGAUUGGUUUGCCAAAGAUUCUCGUAAUGUCCGUCUUGGACUAGCGAGUGACGGGUUCAACCCGUUCAAUAACAUGAGCAAGCCCUAUAGUAUAUGGCCAGUAAUACUUCUACCUUACAACUUGCCACCUUGGUCUUGCAUGAAAGACCCAUACUUUAUGUUGACCUGUUUGAUACCUGGUCCUAAAUCACCAGGAAAUGAUAUCGAUGUCUUCCUGCGUCCUUUAGUUGAUGAGUUGAAAGAAUUAUGGAAGGUUGGUAUUGAGACAUAUGAUGCAUUCAGUUCUGAUGUUUUCCGAUUACAUGCAUCUUUACUUUGGACUAUAAAUGACUUCCCUGCAUAUGCCAAUCUUUCUGGAUGGAGCACGAAGGGGAAGUUGGCAUGUCCUGUAUGUAAUGUUGAUACCGAUUCUAUGUGGUUGGCGUAUGGGCGUAAACAUUGUUAUAUGGGCCACCGUCGAUGGUUGGCUCUGGACCACCCUUGGAGAAAGAAAAAACGUGCUUUCAAUGGUGCCAAUGAGGUUCGGAUUCAGCCAGAAAAGCUUUCAGCCCAAGCUAUAUUUGAAUCAUUAUCCGUGGUCCCGAAUGUGCAAUUCGGGAAAAGUUCACGGAAGAGGAAACGGGCACCACAAGAAUUAAACUGGACAAAGAAAAGCAUCUUCUUCGAUCUCCCAUACUGGCAAGACUUAGAGUUGAGGCAUAACCUAGAUGUAAUGCAUAUUGAGAAAAACAUCUGUGAUAGUGUGUUGGGCACCUUGCUGAGUAUUGAUGGAAAGAGUAAGGACACUGCAAAUGCCCGCAGGGAUUUGGAACAUCUAGGACUGAGGAAGGAAUUACACUUACGCCCGGAUGGCGAUCGUUGCCGAAUGAGUCUUGCAUGUUACACCCUAAACCAAAAUGAAAGAAUAUCCUUCUGUGAGUGGGUGUCACAAGUUAAAUUCCCAGAUGGCUUCGCCUCUAACAUUGCUCGGUGUGUGAAUAUUCGUGAGGGAAAAAUUUCAGGAAUGAAAAGUCAUGACUGCCACAUUUUCCUCCAACGGUUGCUUCCGGUCGUGAUUGGUGGCUAUCUGCGGCCUGACAUUCGGCUAGCUUUGAUCGAGCUAAGUACAUUUUUCAAAGAAUUGUGUGCUAGAACAUUGAGUUAUGAAUCAUUGCAUCGGCUUCAGGCAGAAAUUUCAAUCAUCCUAUGUAAACUUGAGAUGAUCUUCCCACCUGCAUUUUUUGAUAUAAUGGUGCACCUCGCAAUUCAUUUACCGGACGAGGCAUUGCUUGCUGGACCAGUGCAAUAUAGGUGGAUGUAUCCUUUUGAGAGGUACCUAGGGAAGUUCAAACGUUACGUCCGGAACAAAGCCCGCCCGGAGGGCUCAAUUGCCGAAGCAUAUGUUCAUGUUGAGUGUUUGACGUUUUGCUCAAUGUAUCUCAAUGACAUUGAGACCAGAUAUGAACGGGUUGAAAGAAACGUAGACCUUCCAGAACAGAGUAAUGAAGAAUUUUUCUCUGUAUUCUCACAAAAGGUACGUCCGCUUGGGGCAGCCAACAUUCACAUGCUAGCCGAGAAAUUAUUUACAAGAGCCCACUGGUAUGUGCUAAAUAAUUGUGGCGAGAUCGAGCAUUAUCUCAAUGAGCAUUAUAACAUGAUUACAAGGGAAGUCACAACCAACACUGCGAGCAGGCACGAGGCUCAAUUUCCCGGGUGGUUCAAGAAACAUAUUCGAGAGAAGCGUGCAAUGGAUCCAACCAGUGUACGAGAUGAAAUAUAUGCACUUGCAUGUGGUCCCGACAAGUGGGUUGCGUCAUAUGCUGGUUGCAUAAUGAAUGGAAUUAGGUUUCAAACAAAGGAUCGAGAGAGGCACCGGCGAACGCAAAAUAGCGGUUUGGUUGUCCGAGGUGAACAUCAAUCAAAUCCCAUAGACUUCUAUGGGGUGUUGAUUGAUAUCAUAGAAUUACGAUAUAUGGGUUGGCGUAAGGUGUAUUUGUUUCAAUGUGAGUGGUGGGAUGUUGGUGAUAAGCGAAGAGGGAUUCGCGUUGGGGACCAUCUAACCAGCCUGAACACGUCUAGAACAUGGUAUAAAGAUGAGCCUUUUGCUCUUGCUUGCCAAGCUCAACAAGUGUUUUAUGUAAAAGACGUGAGUGUGGCGGGUAGUUGGUAUGUGGUUCAUAAGAUAACGAAUAGAAAUGUAUACAACAUCCCUUUAGUAUCAACAGCUGAGGAGGCGGAUGAUAGUGCCGAUUCUUGUGAGGAUGACGCUUUACAGGAGGAUGAAAACAUUGCCACAAACGUGUCGUAUGCCCAAUGCAGUGACCCAGACUUGAUGACUCCGUUGAACAGGGUAGAUGAAGAACCAUUGGUGCUUGACCCUUCGCUCAUGCUAGAACAGCAACCAUCUGAACUACCUGACCACGAGGAAUACGUCGAGGAUGCUGUCGUUGAUGAUGAGCUGGGAGUUGACGAUGCCUCCACUAAUAGCGAGGACAGCGAAGAAGACAGUAUUGCAGUUGCCGAUGAUAGUACAUCAGAUUCAGAUGAUGGUUCCACAUGUGGAGGUAAAGGACCAGAGUUGGGGUAAUGGGGUCAUGAUGACAAACUUGGUAUGAAGCUACUUGGUGGCAGCCACAUGCCUCAACGAAGGUGGUUUCCAGUUGGGUAUUUACUAUGAAAUACCCAGGGUGUGAUUGUUUCCUAAUUUAUUAAGGGCAAACUUAUGAGCAUGUACAACAUAUGACCAUGUUGUAUUGAAGGGGU